CCAUUCGUGAUGAGAAAUAGCAAUAUCUUUAUGAGCUAGUAGGCUUCAUUCUUUUACCUGCUUAUUACAAAUGACUAAUGAAAUGAUGAUGAUUGAUGGCUAAUUCCUUGGCAUUUUAGAAAUUGGACCACCUUUCUUUUUUCUUAUCCAUGAACUAUCUCUCAUUGUUUCUUCAAUAUAAUCCACACAUAAUUAUUUGCAUAAAGUUUUUUUUUUUGUUUCCUUUCUGGACAUAGGUUUCUGAAUUCUGGUUCUGUCUGCCGUUCUUGUUAUCUUUCUCCCUAUCUAGGUGACUUCCCUUAUCUCCGGAUCCUUCCAUCGCCACUACUCCGACCUCAUCCUAAAAUUCUUCGAAACCCAUCGAAAAUUACGGCCUUAUAUUCAAUGUAUAGCUAGGAAAUGAACUUUACAGAGUACCAUCUUUAGCAGUGCUAACAACUAGCUAGGAAGGACAUCAUCGUCCUCAUAAAGUUGUCACUGCCUCUCUGAGUCUACUUUCAUGGAUACAUCUACUUGUGUGUUGAGGCAAGAAUUAGUGUUUGAAUCUGUUUGCAAAUUAAGUUAAUGUGCAGGAAAGAAAUAUAUAUAUCUAAUUAAUGUAAUUAAAGAGUUACUGACCUGAAAAAAAUUUAGAAAAUUCACCAUCACAUAUGAGAUGUUGGUGGACCCUUGUUGAGCUUUCAAUGAAAGCUAUAUAGUCAUUUGGCUUGAUGCAAGAUAUUUUCAUCUGUUAAUCGAGUAAUUUCUGUCACAUCAGUACCAUGUAUCUGUAAUAUUAAUUUGCUGCCUAUUUAUUGUCUCCCAUUUAUAUCAUUGAUUCAGUUAGGCCUAACCACUUCACUCUCCUCUCUUCAUUAUCUCAUAAUAAGUAAGCAUGUUGCCUGAAGCAACCAGUGCGUGGUCAUGGUGGUGGAGUACCAGCAAUAAAGCAGAUGAAACUUCCCGAAAUAUCUUGACCGCUUUGGUCCCCUUGUUCAUUAUUUUUUGGUUCAUUUUCUCUGUCAAAAAGCAAAACAAGGAGAUACCUCCUUUGCCUCCUGGUCCGCGUGGCCUGCCUUUAGUAGGAUAUCUUCCUUUUCUGGGUUCUAAUCUCCAUCACAGCUUCAAAGAAUUGGCCAGUUUAUAUGGCCCAAUCUUCAAGCUCCGGCUUGGAAGCAAAGACUGCAUUGUGGUCUCCUCUCCAUCUCUAGUCAAGGAGGUGGUUAGGGACCAAGAUGUUGUGUUUGCUAACCGAGUACCCCUUAUUGCUGCAAAAAUUCUUUUGUUUGGGACCUUGGAUAUUGCCUUCUCCAAUUAUGGCCCUGAAUGGAGAAAAAUGAGAAAAAUAUUUGUUAGUGAGAUGCUUAGUAAUGCUAGGAUCGAAGACAGUUAUGAUAUCAGGAAACAGCAGGUCAACAAAAUGAUGAAUGAAACCUAUAAAAAAGCUGGUCAGGUGGUUGAUAUAGGUGAAUUAGCUUUUGUAUCCCUUGUUAGCUCUGUAAUGAACAUGAUAUGGGGGGAUACAUUGAAAGGGGAUGAGGGUUCUGUCAUUAAUUCUGAGUUUCGAGCUGUUGUAGAUGAACAACUAGAGCUUCUAGGGGCACCAAAUAUUUCGGACUUCUUUCCUUUGCUUGCUAUGUUUGAUUUACAGGGAAUAGAGCGCAGAAUGAAGAUCAUAUCAAAACGAUGUGAAGUGAUCCUUGAUAAAGCUAUUAAGCAUCAUAGUAUUGGAGAAAAUACUCAGCUGAAGGAUUUCCUUGGGCAUCUCUUGCAGCUUACUAAAUGUGAAGAUCCUACAACAUCACUAACCUUGCCUCAAGUCAAAGCCAUGCUCAUGGACGUGGUGACUGGGGGAACAGAUACAACAGUUGCACUAGCUGAGUGGGCUAUGUCAGAGAUACUGCAACACCCAAAUGUACUGAGGAAAGUCCAAGAAGAACUUACUGAGAUUGUGGGAUUAAACAAUACAGUUGAAGAGGCUCAUUUUCCCAAGUUAAAGUAUCUGAAUGCAGUUGUGAAGGAAACACUUCGUCUGCACCCACCUAUUGCUCUUCUCGUUCCCCAUUGUCCAAGCGAGCGUUCUAUUGUUGGAGGAUAUACCAUACCAAAGGGAGCUCGUGUCUUCCUUAAUGUAUACACUAUUCAGAGGGACCCUCAACUCUGGGAAGAUCCCUUACUGUUUCAACCUGAUCGGUUUUUGAGCGGGUCUUCUGUUGAUAAAAUGGACUACUUAGGCAACCACUUCCAGUUUCUGCCAUUCGGGUCUGGGAGGAGAAUCUGUCCAGGUAUUCCACUUGCAGAGAGGAUGUCAGUGUUUGUGUUGGCUUCACUACUGCAUGGUUUCCAUUGGAAAUUACCGAAUGGCGAAGUGGAGGUUGAUUUGUCAGAGAAAUUUGGAAUUGUUGUGAAAAAAGCAAAACCUUUGUUGGCUGUACCAAGUCCCAGGCUCUCCAGCUUGGAGCUUUAUUCUUACAAAGAUUAGCAUGUCUCAGAAACUAAUGUCUUUCAUGAAGAAUAAACAAAUAAUGCAAUAAGAUGUACUAUAUUUCCAUCAAGUAAUUUGAUGAUUGCAUUUUAGUUGCUUGAAUCAAA